AUGGCAACAGCAGUGCUUGCCCCUACAGGAGAGCACAAGGCCACGAUAGUUUGGCUUCACUGUUGCGGCGAAACUGGUGGAAGCUGGCCAUCAAUUUUGGAACAACUCAAUCUUCCUAAUAUAAAAUGGAUAUGCCCAACUGCUCCACGUCGGCCCGUUACUGCGUAUGGUGGACGUUCAUUCAGAUCAUGGUUUGAUGUGGACUGUCUUUCUACUGAAGAUACUCCACGCGACGACUUGGAUGGCUUAGAUGCCUCAGCAGCAGUCGUAGCUAACUUGCUCUCAUCCGAGCCUCCUGGCAUAAAACUUGGUGUUGGGGGCUUAGGCAUGGGAGCUGCAGUAGCUCUCUACUCCGCUAUUUGCUUAGCUCGCAGGCGAUAUAAUAAUGCCGCUGCUUACCCUAAUAUACGUUUGACAGCCGUUCUCGCCCUCAAUGGCUGGCUUCCCCAAGCUAGCACCAUGAGCAGCAUCAUUCCCUCAUCGCGCAAUCCAGCUGCCCAUCUCCCGAUCUUCCUAGCUCACGGACUUAGUGAUGAAAUAGUUUAUCCGAGCCAUAGCCACACAGCCUGUCACGUUCUUACCUCGUCCGGUUUUCAAAACAUAGCGUUCGACACAUAUGGAUGGGUCGGACACUUUCUUGGGGCUGAUGAGAGGGAAGAUAUCAGAAACUGGCUAAAUGCAGUUAUGCAGUUCUAA